AAAAGAGGCGUGGACCAGAGAAAGUACUGAGUGUUGUAACAUGCUCUGGGUUGUCUUUAUAAAAGAGGUGUGCAUCUUAGUGGGGACAAACAGCUCAUGAAGACACUGACAUCUGCCACUGAUAGAGGACGUCCAUUCAACAUACUAUUCUGAAGUUUCCUUCAAAGGCAAACAGACAUCUAUCACAACAACGAUGUCCAUCUUGCUGCUGGCUCUACUGGUCCCCGUGAUGGUGCAGUCCUCCCUGCAUCCAGUGGACUGUGAUGAGGUCUAUAGAUCAGGUUCUGGACAAAACGGGGUCUACACCAUCUACCCUGCAGGACCUACCUCACCUGUCCAGGUCUUCUGUGACAUGGGGUUUGAAAGUGCAUUUCGAGGAAAGUGGACGCUGAUUCAGAGCCGACAGGAUGGAUCAGUGAACUUCUACAGGAAGUGGGAUCAGUACAAGAGUGGUUUUGGGAGCGCAGCUGGAGAGUACUGGCUGGGGCUGGAGACAAUGCAUCUCAUGACUAUGAAAGGAACCUAUGAGCUGAGGGUGGACAUGGAGGACUUUGAGGGGAAUAAGGUCUAUGCUCAGUACUCUUCCUUCUCCGUUGGACCAGAGGCUGAAGGAUACCUGCUAACACUGGGCUCAUUCAAAGAUGGAGGAGCAGGAGAUUCUCUGGUUUUUCACAAUGGUCACAAAUUUACAACGUUAGAUAAAGACCAGGACCUUAACGACGCCAACUGUGCCCAGGUGUACUACGGAGGAUUUUGGUACACCAACUGCCAUGCUACUAACCCCAAUGGUAUAUAUGCAUGGGGCGAGUCUACCUUUGGUAUUGGCAUCAACUGGAAUUCAUGGAAAGGCUAUACAUACUCCCUGAAAGCCAUCACCAUGAAGAUCAGACCAGCCCCAGCAUAGAAGUCUCAUAUGCAUACGUAUAUACUGUACUCUAUAUCAUCUACUGCAUCCUUAUGCAAUACAUGUAUCACUAGCCACUUUGUUUACAUACUCAUCUCAUAUGUAUAUACUGCACUCAACACCAUCUACUGUAUCUUGCCUAUGCCGCUCUGUACCAUCAUUCAUUCAUAUAUCUUUAUGUGCAUAUUCUUAAGGUAGUAGUUUUGGAAUUGUUAGCUAGAUUACUUGUUGGUUAUUACUGCAUUGUCGGAACUAGAAGCACAAGCAUUUCGCUACACUCGCAUUAACAUCUGCUAACCAUGUGUAAGUGACAAAUAAAAUUUGAUUUGAAGUCAAUCAUUUCUAACACAAUUGCAAAAUCGG